AUGGCUAUCUUAGGAAAAAUUUUGCGAUGGGCUAUUCGUAUUUUCAGAUCAGUAAUUGGUGUCGACGAGAAGAAGUUGUACGGAUUGGAUCACUCGAUUCUUCAUAUGGAAGUUCCCCCAACGAGUAUGUGGAUGAAUAUGGGAUAUUGGAAGCAUACCAACAGCUUCCCUGAUGCCUGUGAAGCCUUAUUAGAUCAGGUCCUCAUCACGGCAGACCUUCUGAGUGAAAGUAGGACGCCAGGCGCGCCAAGUACUUUAACCGUCUCCUCAUCAACUAGAAGCAGUAGAUUUGAAGCUCGGCAUGAACUUCAACGAGAAAACAAGAUCAAAUUAGUCGAUGUUGGAAUUGGUUGUGGUGACCAGGCCCUUUAUUUGACCAGACGACUUUCUAGACCUGCUUGCCAUUCUCAUACCGGGCUUUCUUUCACUGAUACAGAAUGUGCUCCUGGUGAGAGUGAGGAUAUGGAAAGACCAAGAUUAGUUGAAUCGGGAAGCCUACCCCUUUUUGACUCGUAUGUGGGUAUCACCAUUGCACAGUCGCAGGCCGACGUUGCUCGGGAAAGGCUUUUGAAGAGAAAUCCCUCUGGCAAUGGUUCGCCAGAGUGGACGCCAGAGAUACGAAUUUUCGCCGCCGAUGCGGCAAGACCUGCUUUAUGGGGCCAAGAACUUAGAGAUAUUGUUGUGGAUGACAAAAACAGGGGUCCACAAAUAACCAACAAGCAUAGAACAGGCUACGCUGAAACCUGUGGAUCCAAGAAAGAAAAAUGGCAAACAUGGCUGCUAGCCCUUGAUACACUGUAUCAUUUCGAACCGUCUCGCAAACCAUUGCUCAGGUGUGCAUAUCGCGAUAUGCGGGCUUCGUUCAUGGCCUUUGACCUCAUCAUUUCCGAUCGCGCAACUUUUUGGGAAAAGUUGAUCUUGAGGUCAAUUUGCCUAGUGACGGGGAUCCCUUAUUCAAAUUUCCUUAGCAGAAAGGAAUACGAAAACAUGUUGGUCGAGGCCGGGUAUGACUGCAAUAUGAUUGUUAUGAGAGAUAUCACGGAAUAUGUGUUCAAAGGCAUCGCAGGGUAUAUAUGGAGUAAGGAUAGAGAGCUGAGGAGAUAUGGUAUGCAUGUGGGGAAGUUCAGAGGACCAGCCAAGGUUUUUGACUGGUGGGCUGAUAGUGGAGCUGUAAGAGGGUUUGUGAUAGUGGCACGCUGGUCCGAGAACCAAAAAUGA